AUUCUUUGUUGUUGACGGAUUUCUUCCCCCGCACCGUCGAUCCGCGAUUCCACGCUGUCGCCGUGCUAGUGCCGCAUUGCAUUCCGACGCAAACAGUUGUUAACGUAAAGUUCUCGUGUCGCGCAAUUUCCGCGACGUCCUCCGAUACGCAAUAAAGUCGUCAUUGUUUCACGUGCUCGCGAGACCGUCACCUAUUGGCCCCCCGCGGUCGAACAUCCGGUCGCUGGUGUACACCGUUUUCGCACGCGCCGCGUGAGCUAUCCGUUAUAAACCCACACACCCCUCUCCAGAGGUGUACCGGCAAUAGUUCCGUCACGGAGCGGUCCGAAGCCAUGUGCGCAACAGCAUUCACCGUCGCGCGGAUUGCUCACCGGACGACUCAGGGACGAGGCUCGCAAGACCUGCCGCAGCUGGUGCGGUCGUACUGCUAGGGACCCAUAUGGGGAUCCUUUACAAUACUCCUGCUCCUCCGAAGCGACGAAGACGAGCAGUCGACCGCGCUUGGUAUAGCCGCCGCUGAGAAAACGGCAUCACGGCACCAUCAGUAUUUCAAUAAUGAACUGGAUAAUCAGCAUUGUUAUAUGCCAAUUUCUCCUAAGUCAGGCAUUAUCAGACUGGUCUUGUUUAAAUAGUGAAAAAUGCGCUUGCUACAAAAAUAUUUAUACUGAAGAAAACGAAGUAAUAUGUAACUCAUCAACUGUGAAAGCUAAUUCGAGGAAGUCAACCAUUCAUAUUGAUUGUAAUUCUAAACAAACUCAGUGGGAAAAGUCUUUUGAUAAAAUUAAUAUUACGGAAUUAUCUUACUCAAAUUGUUUCUUGUUCGACAUAGGAAUUAAACAAACCAUCUCAACACUUGGUAUCAAUGAUAUUAAAAAAAGGUUAUCUUUAUCAUUGGUGACACUCACUGGUGGGUUACAAAGUUAUUACUUAUCAAAUUUAGAUUACGUGACAAUAUUAGAAAUAAGUAAUACAAUUGAAAAAUUAAUAUUAACCAAUGAGUCGUUUCAAGGAAUUCCAAAUUUAACUGAGUUAUAUCUUAGACACAAUAAUAUUGAUAUAUUACCUCGUGAUGUGUUCAAACAUCUUACUCAAUUAGUAAUUUUGGAUUUAGGAGGAAACAAGAUAUCCAGAAUAGAUGAGGAUUUAUUUUAUGGUAUUUCAUUGAAAGCUUUGCUUUUGGACUCAAAUGAUUUAAAAACAUGGAGCUUAAAUGUUCAAAGUCUAAAAACUCUGGAUUUAAGUAACAAUAGACUGAUAUCAAUUGAAAUGGAUCUCAAUAACCUUCUUCGAUUAUCAUUAAACAAAAAUUUCAAUUUAACAACCAUGCCUGAUCAACCAUUUCAAAAUACUUCAUUGCAGAAAAUUAGAUUCAACUAUGGCCAUUUUACUGUACCUAGAAGAUUCUUAUCAAGUUUAAACCAAUUGCAAUCAGUUCACCUUGUUGACUUAAAUAUAAAUAAGGUACCUGAAGAUAUGAUUUGGAAUUCACCUAAUAUUACAGAAUUAUUUUUAGCUUCAAACCAUUUAACUGAAAUUCCAGAGACAUUUUUUCAAGAUUCUUCGAAAAUGAAAGUAUUAGAUUUGUCUAAAAAUCAGAUCAAAGAAAUAAAAAGCGAGUUUCUAAAACCAUUAAAGAAUUUGGAAGAGUUAAAUUUGUCGAAUAAUUUAAUACUUCAAAUAAAUAACUAUGGGUUUAGUUUCCUACCCAAUUUGGUCGCGCUUGAUCUAACUAAAAACAAUUUAAUAUUUAUUGAUCAGGCAAUUUUAAAUAACCCAAUUUUAAAAUCUUUAAAAUUAGGUCAGAAUAAUAUCAGCAGCCUGUAUUCGAAAAAUUCUUUAUUUUCAUUUGGUUAUCUGUGUUCUAUUGAAGAUAUUGAUUUAUCAUAUAAUAACAUUACUAAGAUUGGUGAUGGUUGGUUAAAUUUAUUAAAGUUAAAAAAUCUAAAUCUUUCAAGAAAUAGCUUGAACGUUAUUAAAAUAGAUGAUAUCCAAUUUUUAAGGAGCCAAAUAAUAGCCGAUUUUACUUUUAAUCCUAUUCGAUUAAUUGAUUUAUCACAUUUAGAAAUAUUUGCCAGAGUACAACCUACACAAGAAAAUCUUAGGACAAUAACUGUGUCUAGUGAACAAUUUAUAUGUGAUGGUCGUAACUAUCAAUUUGGAAGAUUCAUUCACAAUAGAAUGCCAAAAUCAGUUUACAAGUACUUGCAAAUUGAACACAAUAUGAUUUGUGAUGACGGUGUUGGUUUGGAAUUUGCAAAUAUUAAUAUAGAUAGAUUAACCUAUGAUUGGAAAUUAUUUCGUGAUUCAAAUAAGUCUAACUGUACAGACUGUAUAUGUGCUUACCGACCUUCUGAUAAUUCUGCAAUAAUGGACUGUUCUAACAGGAAUUUAACAUCGGCACCAGAAAAAAUAAUUUCCAGUAAAAAUAUUAACUAUACAGAGGUCAAUUUAAGAAAUAAUUUAAUCGUCGAACUACCAAACUACGAAAACCUUACCAUUGGAAAGUUAGAUGUGAGCUACAACAAGUUACUUACCAUCAACAUUUCUCAUCUACCCAAAAACCUUUAUGAAUUAUAUUUGGAACAUAAUGAUCUUGCAAAGAUCGAUAUGAUUAAUUUGAGUACAUUAACAACUAAUCUAAAGCUGUUAACGAUGAGUGGUAAUUUAUGGGCAUGUGACUGUGAUGCUAUGAGUACAGUUAAUUUCAUCCAUAAAUAUUCGUCAAAGAUUGUUGAUUUAGAAAACGUAACUUGUGCCUCCGAAUCGUCAACUACAUUAUACACAUUAAACAAGGAUGAAAUAUGUCUUGAAAAUUACAAACUGCUGAAUACUAAAAGUAUAUUUUUGGCUAUAUUUCUAGCAAUUUUUGGUAUGUUGUUAGGAUUAUUAUUAGCAUUUUAUAAGACUGUAAUAAAAAUAUGGAUAUCAAAUCACUUAUUACCUUUACCAACCCUGGAUAAAAAUAAAAAAUAUGAUUCCUUUGUAAGUUUCUCUCACAAAGAUGAAGAAUUUGUUAUAAAACAUUUAGUUCCAGAACUGGAAGGAGGUAGUACUCCUUUCAAACUUUGUCUCCACUAUAGAGACUGGGUAGUUGGAGAUUGGAUUCCUUCUCAAAUCGCGCGUUCAGUUGAAGAAUCUCGAAAAACUAUUAUAGUGUUAUCAUCGAACUUUUUAGAAAGUGUUUGGGGUCUUAUAGAAUUUAGAACAGCUCAUAUGAGUGCUUUGAAGGAUCGACAGAAUCGUGUUAUUAUAAUACUUUAUGGAGAAAUUUCUAUAAAAGGUUUAGAUCCUGAGUUAAAAUCAUACUUGUCCAUGAAUACCUAUAUCAAAUGGGGUGAUUAUUUGUUCUGGGAGAGAUUGAAGUAUGCUCUCCGACAUGGUCCAGAUUUGAAAAAAAAAAACCGAACCAAAAUCUUAGUACCAGAUAAAUUAAAUCCUCAUAUCCUAGUUUAAAUUGGUUUUAAAACCAAUCGUUUUUAUAUUCAUAUUCUAUUAUGUAAUAUUUACAUUUUUAG